AUGCACUUCUCUAAGACCCUUGCCACCGCGGCCACCUUUGCUAUGACAGUCUACGCCGGCUUCCCUGUCGCCAGCGUCACCUUCCAGUCCUGGGAGAAGUGUGACGUUGGCCACCCCGCAAUUGGCGAGCCCAAGUUCUCUGCCGAUGUGAGCGCUACUCCCGUGACUUGCGACAAGACCACCGUCAACCGUGACUGGAGUAUCGACAACUAUUCCUUCCGCGCACACAUGGACACCAAGGACACCAUCUUCUGCCAUGGCGUGACCAUCUGGAACAACGACGGCUGCUCUGGCAAGCCUGUGCACUUCCUGCCUUUCCAACACGGCCCCUUCGCCGAGGGCCAGUGUCUCCCUGAUAUCCUCGAGCCUGGCUAUGUCUCCUUCAAGCUGGCUUGUGCGGGUUUCCCCUAG